CCGUAGACUGUUCAGAGGAACCCUGUGCCACACGACUCACCUGUUUGGGUGCUGCUGAAAAUAUAUCCACAACAUCAUGGCUCUGACUAACCCCACGCCCAUGGGCCCAUGGAAGAUCACCGUGUACGACCAGGAGUACUUCCAGGGCAGGCGUAUGGAGUUCACCGCCAGCUGCCAGAACAUCAUGGAGUGUGGGAUGGAGAACAUUCGCUCUCUGAAGAUUGAGUGUGGCGCCUGGGUUGGUUACGAGCACUCUAGCUUCUGUGGUCAGCAGUUUGUGCUGGAGAAGGGAGACUACCCUCGCUUUGAAGCCUACAGCGGCAGCAACUCCUACCGCAUUGAGAGGAUGAUCUCCUUCAGGCCCAUCUGCUGCGCUAACCACAAGGAAUCCCGUAUGACCAUCUUUGAGAAGGAGAACAUGAUGGGUCGUCAGUUCGAGCUGUGCGAUGACUACCCCUCUCUGCAGGCCAUGGGCUGGAUGAACAAUGAGGUUGGAUCCAUGCAGGUUCAUUGUGGAGCCUUUGUGUGCUACCAGUACCCUGGUUACCGUGGACACCAGUACAUCGUGGAGUGCGACUGUCACGGAGGCGAGUACAAGUGCUAUCGAGAGUUUGGCUCCCACUCCCAGACUCCUCAGAUUCAGUCAAUCAGGAGGAUCCAGCACUAAAGAAGAGAAGGACUUCCUUCAUCACCUUACCUCCUCUUCCUCUUCCUCCCCCUGCAUUUGCAUCCCUCCUUCACUUCUUCUUUUUCUUCUUCUGCAACAACCUCCUUCUCCUGAGCGCUGCUGCUCCAGCUCAUCAGAGGAAAAUCUGGGACUGAACUUCAGGUUUUUACUGGCAUCUGUUGUGCCCAGCGCCAUUUUUUUAAAUUUAUUUUCUGAAAUGCGAACAUCAUAAAUAAUGGAAAGUUCUGAGAAAGACAGAAAAAUAGGAAUUGAGAAAAAUGGUGAAUGAGUGACAACAGAAAAAAGUCUCAUCUGCCGAGGUUUUCUGCAGAAAAGUGAUGAAAACAUCCUGAUGUUCACUGCGGUUUGUCAUCCCCUCCGCCCAUUACCUCAUUUCCUCCACAUCAUCAAAACAACAAGUCUUGUUUCUGUGAUAUCCUCGACUACCUGUGUUCAAGAUGAUGAAUAAAGAGAAUGAGCAAAAAGACCAAAAGAUGCUGAUUAACUUCA